AUUAGGGACAUUAUUAAGUGCUAUUUAAGGAAUAAAAGAAUUUAAGUGUUAUUUGAAGAAAUGACUUAAGUUUUAGUGCUAUUUUAGUGCAAAUAUUUCACAUUUUCUAGUUUCCAAAGAAACCUAAUUUUUUUGUGUGUGCAAAGGAGUACUCCGUAAUUGUAAAAACUUAAAAGGAGGGGUAAAAAAACACGGCGCAUUUGGCUCACACACUAAUGUCUUUCUCCUGGAUCUCCAUUUCCCUCUAUUCUCUCGCCCAUUCUUUUCUUCCUGAUUACUCCCCCAAGGCCCCAAAACACUAGUUUUUUUUGCCAUUGAUGGGGAUCGUCCUUGAUUCUUCAAACAAGGGAGCAAAUGGAAGCAGCACGGUUGAUAAAAAGGUUAAGGUUGUGUUUGUAUUAGGUGGCCCUGGAAGUGGCAAGGGCACACAAUGUGCGAAAAUAGUUGAGCAUUUCGGGUACACCCAUCUAAGUGCAGGAGAUCUCCUUCGUGCAGAGAUCAAGUCCGGAUCGGAAAAUGGUACAAUGAUUCAGAACAUGAUCAAAGAGGGAAAGAUUGUACCUUCUGAAGUAACAAUUGCUCUCCUCCAACGCGCAAUCCACGAGAAUAAGAACGACAAGUUUCUUAUUGAUGGCUUCCCUCGCAACGAAGAAAAUCGCGAAGCUUUUGAACAUGUUACUGGACUUCUUCCAGAAUUUGUCCUCUUCUUUGAUUGUUCUGAGGAAGAGAUGGAGAGCCGCCUUUUGAGCCGUAAUCAGGGAAGAGAAGAUGACAAUAUAGACACAAUUAGAAAGCGAUUUAAUGUUUACAUGGAGUCCAGUCUCCCUGUUAUUGAAUACUACAAGUCUAAGGGCAAGGUUCAGAGGAUUGAUGCUUCCAAGCCUGUUGGUGAAGUUUUUGAAGAGGUUAAAGCUGUGUUUGCCCCAUCUGAUGCAAAGAUUGCAGUUUAAGGAGUGCAUUUGUACCGAAGUGCUAUAAUUCAAUGUGGCAUCGGAUGAGGAAGUUGAUUUGGUUCUUGUUCUGUUAUAGAGAAAGGUUAUAUUUAGGAAUAAUAACAAUAAUUCCUUUCAUUUUAAUCUUUUUUUUUACACUUGAUGUAGUUAAACCAUGUUGAAGUCUGAGUGAGGCUGUUGCCUGUUUGCUAUACGGAGUACUUUGGCAAACUAAGAGAAAUAUGAUGUAUUGUUAUCAUCGCCUCUAUAGUCUAUAAAUUUCUCGUGCAUUU